GCUUUCGGUGGCGCUGCCCGCCUGCGCCGCGGCGCGUGCUUCGCCGCGCGGCGACCGCCUCGACCAAUGACAUUGACGCCGGCCCUCUUUGAUCCCGUCUUAUUAGCAUGGCUGUCGGCCCAGCGGCGCACGCGGGUACAGAGUCCCGGGAAUGCUGCGCGCGCCCCAAAAAAAUGGCUUCUUUCUUUGUUGCUACAUUUAAGGUGCGCCGUCGCGACAUUUGAUAAAGGUUUUCAAGGCAGCGGGGCCACGGAAAAUACAUGCAGCAGCGCAAGUCCUUUGUCUAAGUUUGCGAGAGAGAGAGGAGAGGGUGACAAAGCAAAGCAGGAGAAGGAGCGGCGGAGGAAACUAAGGAGCGCUCGACAUAUUAAUAAUAUCCGAGAGAAGCCGAGAGAAAAAGGAGUCGUCCUUUGAUGAGCAACCUGACUGACACAAGAGAAGCGCAGCGUUCGGUGGCCUGGCUUAUUAGCUGAAAUCUCCGCAACGUUUCGUGCCUCACGUACAUGAUCAUCAUGCGUGUGCCGUGAUCUCACUUGAUAUUAAUCAUAAUAUUGUGCUGCGAUUCGUAGUAUUUUUAGCAUCCUCUGUUGAGGGAAAUGGGUACUGCAGCUUUUCCUUCCCUCUUCUUCCCUCUUCCCGCUUCCCUCCCGCUCUCGGCUCUUUCAUCAGAUCCUGCUGUCUUUACUAACUAGCUCAGCAUCCUUCACUAAAAAGGAAAUUGGUGAUGAGACAACAAAAGAGGAAGAGAAGGAGAGGAGAGGAGAGGCGAGAGCGAGUGCAGCACAUCACUUCAUUUAUUUUCCACUCCAGUAGAUCCCUUGGGAAGACUUGUACACUCUCUCUCUCUCUCUCUCUCUCUCUCUCUCUCCUCCCCCCCCCUUCCCUCUAUUGCUCCCUCCCUUGUUGGGUUUAAAAAUAGUCUUGUUCACUCCAACUCUUCGUCAUUUUUUCCCCUCUAUCUGCUCUCUCUCCUUUUUUCUGUAUACAUAUGUUUGCCUCUUAUCCUCUCGCCCCAUCUCCCCCUCUCCCUUUGAUUUCCCAAAUCUAUCUCCCUCUCUUGCUCUCCGUUUUCCCCGAAGCUCCCAUGUCCCUUUUAGUGGGAAAUUGCACGUUGUUCUUGUUGUUCUUGUUGUUGUUGUUGUUGUUGUUGUUGUUCCUCCCCUCGCACAGGCACAGAUUGCCUAUCUCUCCCAUUUAAAUCUGGCAUUGUCAUCGUGACAGGCGUGCUCUAAUGGCGCUGGAGCUUUUAAUAAAAUCAACACAGUAUGUAAAUGCGCUGCACCCUUUAAAAGAGCGCCGUGUAGCAGGAGAGGACAACAAAACCAGUCUUCGCAGAGAGGGCUACACGGUGCAGGUGAACGUCAACGACUACUUGGACAUCUAUUGUCCGCACUACAACGACAGCCAGCGGGGAACCGCCGAGCAAUACGUCCUCUACAUGGUCAGUUACCGCGGCUAUCGCACCUGUGACCCGCAGCUGGGCUUCAAGCGCUGGGAGUGCAACCGGCCCCACGCUCCCCACGCGCCCAUCAAGUUCUCCGAGAAGUUCCAGCGCUACAGCGCCUUCUCCCUGGGCUACGAGUUCCACGUGGGCCAAGAGUAUUACUACAUCUCGACGCCCACGCACCACCACGGCCGCAGCUGCCUGAGACUGCGAGUGUAUGUGUGCUGCUCCACCACAUCCGACGCGGACGACAGCUUCCGGCCGACCCAGCCAGACUACACUCUCAGACCCAACAUCAAAAUGCAUGACAUCGAUGAGUUUAACCCCGAAGUCCCCAAGCUGGAGAAGAGCAUCAGCGGCAGCAGCCCCUCCCGCGACCGCCUGCUGCUCACCGUAGCGACAUUGUUCCUCACCGUCCUCUUCAUCUCCUAGCGCCGCCUCCCUGCAGCAUCACACCGGCGAGCUCUGGCAGGAAGUGCCGGAGGGGAGCUGGGCGUGCGGCGGGACAUGGGGGGGAGAGGCAGGGAGGACAGGGGCACAGAUGGGGCUGUUGUGGAGCGAACGGCUGGAGGGGGUGAGCCAGCCCACCGAGGAUGGUCUUAGAAGCCAUCUGCCGUGAUGGAUGUACGCACUCGGCGGAGGAGGGACACCCCGUCGACGAACUCUGUCGUUCCGACGACGAGAAACGGACGGAAACGGAGCUCACGUUACCCGAGCGGGACCCGUAAACGGCGAGGAGCCUGCGGCAGGGCCGACGCGAACUCUGAGAUGCGUGUGCAGCAUGCAUGUUGGAAUUCAUGUACAACAUAAGGCAUGCAUGUGUAGAUAAUGUACCUACCCGUUGUACAUGCGUCCCAACUGUCUGCGGUGCGCCGUGUGUGGCGGACGUGAAUUUGACAGGUAGCGUGGGGGCAGACUGACGGCUUGCGAUGCGGCUAUCGGGCGAGCGCGUAGACGGCGCCCCUCCGGGACGGGACCGGAGACGCCGGCUCAUCACCUGGGCUCGCCGCGUGAGCCUGCGCUCGACGGAUGCGCAGCUGCCUUCUCUUUCUCUCAGCUCGCCCCGGCUGGGCCACGCGUGGACUUUCGGGAGGACCGAGCACGUCCCGUCUGCGGUAGCGUCUCGGUUUACAGGGCCGAGGUGACGCGCUCCGGCGCGAAAGACGGCGGCUUCGGCGCAUCGGACCCGGCCGAUAAACCGUCGACGUGGAAACACGGCUCGGAGGCGCUCGCGUAACGAACUCGCGCUCCGAGCCUUGUGGCCGCGGGCGGCCGAGGGCCCGUCGGGAUCCGCGGGCGUCCCCGACUUUAACGUCGUUUACAGUAGCAUACCCGCUCGGCCGUGGCGUUUAACUCCAAGUCGACGUGCCGAUACAAACGACCGAGCGGGGCUCACUAUUGCUUAGCGCAGUCGCCAUAGUGACCUAGGAGCUCGAGUACACGUGCGGUGAUUUGCAGCAGGCAGCGGCCGUUCUCCAUUGCCUGUGACGGGAUAGCGUUCCACACUCCUAAUGUACUGUAGUCCUUUAUGAUGUAGCCUAUAUGUUCGUACGGGACGUUGCUUCCUACGGUUAAUGAGGAUCCGGUUCCUUUUCCAAAUUAUUUAUAUUACGUCGCCGCCAGGGUGGGAGCCGGCUUCUCUUCGUCACGGAGAGCAGCCAACGGACCCCGAUUCUGCGCCGGUUUCCUGCUUUCACUCGACCCGAUCCGUGCGCCGCGCGCUUCAGCAAUACCGAUCGAGACGGCCGAAUUAACGAGCAGUCGUAUUUCUAAAGAAUAUUUUUGAGCACGGCCGUACGUAGAAGGCAAACGCCCCGCGGCUCGGCCACGUUCCGAGCGGAGCUGGGUCUACGGGAUGCCGCCGGUUCCAGCUUCAAGACCGUGAGCAGAUGUGUCUAAAUAUAACUGUAUAUAUAUAUUUAUAUACAUUUUUGGAUUGUAGUCCUCAGACUUUUUUCCUCUUUCUUGGACAAAAGUGGGACUCGGGACAGGCCGCGGAGCCGAACUCUCGCGUUUGCCCGAACUCUUUUGCUGGUUUAUGUCGUCAGACUCUGUUUCGACAGGAGUGUUCAGUAUGUAUAUGUGCCAUCUGCUCAAGUACACGAUGACGGAAACCACAACCCUUACC